UAUGGAUAAAGGCUAACAUUUGUGGCACAGUGCAACGUUUCUAUUUGACUGCCAUAAUGUCAUGGAAUGACGAUAUAUCGUACGCUAUGACCCUCGUGAGACACUUAACCAUACCUAUAGGUGGUUGGCCCUUGCAAAAAUACAAUAAGUUCACUUUGGUGCGUCAUGUCUUGUCUAGUUUUGGAUUGAGCGUGGUGGUAAUCGUACAGUAUCUCGAACUUUAUUAUAACUGCACCAGCGCAUAUGCGAAUCUUGAUGCUCUUACGCUUCUUGCAUGCGGUAUUUUGGCUUUAACAAAAAUAACAUGGUUUCGUAUAUAUGCCGAUAACUUAACUUGUAAUUAUUCUUCUGCCAUAAAUGAUUAUCGUGCGAUCGACACCGAGAAGAAGCGCAUCAUCAUGCGAGAACACGCUUUUUGGGGAAGAGUAAUCUGCAUUAUCGCCUUGUUAAUUUCUUACGUCGAUUCAGUAAUUUUCAUCGUGGGACACGCACAAUUAAGCAGUGAGGAGGCUAAAGUUAAUAUGACUAUUUUCGGUCAUCAAGCGGGAUACGCUAUACCAUCGACAUGUACUUUAGCGCAUUUUCAUAUUUCGACGAGCUUGUAUUUGGUGAUAUUUGCGCUGGAAUAUAUCUAUCUAGUAAUUAUGUGCAUUAGCAAUCAUGGCAGCGAUUCUGUAUUUCUUCAUAUUGCACUGCAUGUAUGUGGUCAAUUAAAAAUUCUAAAGGCAAAUUUUAUCAACUUUGAUGUUACGAGCCCUGAAGUUCACGAACGUUUCAACACAUUGAUUUUGAGACAUGAUCAUUUGAUAAGAAUGACAAGAAAACUUGCUGAAAUAAUUAGCUUUGUUUUGAUGGUACAACUCUUUGUCAGUAGUAUGCUUAUCUGUAUAGUAGGAUUUCAAUUUAUUAUUGCCUUGACAACUAGCGAUUAUGGUAUGAUGUCAAAAAGUUUUUUGGUACUUAGCGCUUUUCUAAUACAGCUAACGCUAUAUAGCGUCGUCGGAGAUUAUUUAAAGUCACAAAUGGAAGAAGUCGCGAUGUCCGUUUAUCAGAGUGCUUGGUACGACUUUCCUGCAAAAGUGACAAGAAAUAUAGCAUUUAUAAUGAUGUGGGCUCAGCUACCAAUUAAGUUACAAGCUGGGAAUUUCAUUGUAAUGGAUCUAGGAACUUAUGUGAGCAUCUUAAAAACUUCGGCUUCUUAUUUGUCUGUUCUACGCGUGAUGGUGGAAACGUAAGGCAUCUGACGCACAUAAUAAAUAAACAAAUGUUCUCUACAUACAAACAUUUAGAAAAAUAAUAAUAUAGAG